AUGGAUAGAAAAAUAAUUGACUCAAUGUUUUAUGGAAAUGUAAAUUACCAUCAUGAAGGUUCGUUUGAGGUGCAUCUUAUAAAAAAAAAUAGUACUAAUAUCCCAGACUGUUGUGGAUUUAAUAUGAAUAUUGGCACUAACAUAGCACUCGUGAAUACAUGGUGGCCUGCAGAUAACUACAAUCUAUUAAAGCUAUUAAAAAAGGAUGACAUAAAGUGUUUAAAAUCAUGGUAUAUUAAAAAAAAAAAGAUUUUAGUAUCUUUUGAAUCAUUAAACAUUAGUGGUUAUUUGUGUGAUCAAAAAAAUACAACAAUUUCUGGAAAAAUACAUAAUGCCGGUUUUAUUAAAAAAAUAAUUAAAAAAGAUUUAAUCAAAACAACAAAUGGCAUAUACCAUUUAGUUUCACCACCAGCUGAACCAAAAACUAAAAUAAAUGAAAAAUUUUAUACAUUUUGGAUGAUAACUGGAGGAUUUCCCAAGAAAUUUAAGGAAUUGUAA